CUAAAAUGGGUUGGUGUAAUGGGUUUGGAGUGGUUUUAGGUUUGUUUUUGAGCUGCGGACUGCAUGUUUUGUCUGGUGCCUCAGAACAGUUUUGGAAUGAUCCCUCGCAGCUACAAUGUGGCCUUGCAGACAUGCAGUUUUCUCUUCCUUUCUUGAUUAGAGAUUCAGCUUUUGUGUUGGCUGUACUUGACAACAAAGGAAAGUCUCAUUAUCUCUACAAUAAUUCUGCUUGUGGGACCUGGAUAGGAGAGAAACCAGAUGGCUCUGUGGUCGUUGGUGCUGCUUAUGAUGGUUGCUUUGUUAGCAAGAAGGAUGGAGAAUACUUGAUGACCAUAACCCUGGAAGAAAUAUCUGAUGGACUUGUUCAGUAUAACAAAAAGGACCUAAAGUGCCCGAUCUUACCAGCUAUGGAUGCUCCUAGCCCAAGUACAUGUGCUUCAAUUGCACAACAAGACAAGCUGCCAUGUGCCAAUGCUUUAGUAAGCCAAGAACUUUGUGAACGUAUUGGUUGUUGCUUUAAUCCCAGAGAUACUACAAUGCCGUGUUACUAUGGAAAAAAAUUGACUGCACAGUGCUCAGACAACAUUGUGGUGGCGGUUUCUAAAGAUCUGACAACGCCUUCACUGGUCUUGGAAUCUGUCAAUGUGGUUGCUGUAGAUUCUGCUUCAUGUCCUAAACUGAGUAUUCUGAAAAGCAAUAGCUUUGUAGUAUUUCAGUUUCCACUAUCUUGUGGAGCAAAGCACCAGGUGGAUGAAAGUACAAUGAUAUAUGAAAACAUAAUUGAGGCAAAACAAGACAUAAGGACAUGGAAUGGAGCUUCCUUGACGAGGGACAGUACAAUGAGGGUGACUGUACAGUGCAGUUAUUCAAGAAAUGCAGUUCUACCACUAAAGGUGCAGGUAUUUACACUACCCCCACCUCCUCCUGUAUCAACUACUGGUCCCCUGUUCCUGGAAAUGAGAAUUGCUAAAGACCAACAGUAUUCUUCAUAUUAUAUUGAUGGUGACUACCCUGUAACGAGAGUGCUCCGAGAUCCAGUCUACUUGGAAGUCCGCAUUCUUCAAAGGACUGAUCCUAAUCUGGUUCUGAUCUUGAAUGACUGCUGGGCUAAUCCCUCUCCUGACAAGACACAGCAGCCUCAGUGGCCCAUCUUGGUGAAAAGCUGCCCCUUUCCUGGAGACAACUACCUCACACAGCUUAUUCCUCUUGGCGCUUCAUCUCGGGCAAUUCCAUUCCCAACCCAUUACAACCACUUUUCAAUCAGCACCUUCACAUUUGUGGAUGGAAGAACCCAGCUUGCACUUAGAGGACUGGUCUACUUUCACUGCAGUGCUUUGGUUUGUGUUCCAUCUGCUGGCAAUCCAUGCAGCACUACCUGUGCACAAAGACAAAAGAGGCAGUCCGUGUGGAUCCCUGAGGAACAUCAAAGCAUUGUAACAUCACUUGGUCCUGUUAACUUUAUUACAGUUGAAAAAGAUGUGAUUCUACCAGAGCAUAGCUUCGAUGACAAUGGAAGUGAUAUUCCUAUUUCAAUAAAAGACCUCUUGGAAGCUGACACUAUCAUAUCUGCCACUAUGAUAGAUUACUUUUCUCCUAUAUCCAACAUGUAUAACACUGGUAAGGCAGUUGAAGGUCUUGUCGAGAGAGGACAAGGAGACCUUCUUGAUGCAGUUAUCAAUGUACUAGUUAAUGAGGUAACUGACGGCUCCACUGAAGGGGAAGGAUCAGGGACCCCACAAGGAGACUUUCUUGGCGUGGAAAGACUGCGCCCUAAAUAUCUGGUUCCUGUGAUGGAAGAUUCUGGAAGUCCUGAAUCCUCUUCUCUGAUCUGGUUAAGAGUAGCAGUGGCUGUAGGAGGGGUCCUAGCUGUAACGCUGACAGUCCUCGGUCUCUGGAGAUGCCGUACAAACCGUAGCAAAAGAAUUAAUUCAGUAGAAGCUUAA